AUGGCAGAAAGAAAAAAGUCCCAGGCUGCCGGGGAUGCGCCAGAGAAGAAGAAAGAUGACAAAUCAAAAGUUAGAAUCAAAGAAGAACUUCCACCAGAACUAGAAGAAGAAAUACCGAAGACUCCAUCGCAAAUUGCGCGAGAGGAAGCUGAGUCUCGAGCAAAUCUCCGUAAACAACGUUUUAAGCGGCGAUGGCCAGAGAUAUCGAAAGUCCGAAUAGUGACCAAACCAUGGCAUCCCCCACCCCCACCCCAAAAGAUGCCAAGAAUAAUGAUAGAUUUACCAAAACUGAUAACGCGCAAAUGGGUACCGCCACAUAUGAGAAGAAGACGACGUCGUGGGAAGCUGCCGAGAAUACCACCAGAGGAGAUGACGCAACCCUUAUACGAAUGUACUAAGCUGAAAAAGAUAUGGCAUAACUUCUGUCAAGUGGAAAAGAACAAGAUGAUAUUACAAGGCAGUAUUGGUUGUAAUUCGAAGAAGUAUUCUUCUACUGCGUGUGGUUCUCAAACCGCCUGCAUAGCAGUUAUGUGCAGGGCUCUGCUAGAAGAGAAGACUCCAGCGGAUUUGAUUAAGCGCGACGUAGACGAAUUGAUUGAGGCCGGUGAUAGAUACUACAAGCAGUGUAUGUUAAAUAUGAAAUGUUAUAAGGGAAAGCCACAGUUACAACUCAAUCAACUCCUAACGUCAUUCUUCUUUCACGACAAUAAGUAUACAGUGAAAAUGGUUGAAUUGGAAAAUGGCUUGUUGGCAAAACAUCCGGACAAUAUACAGACAGAACCAGACUUGAUGGCUUUGAUGGAAAAGCGUGUAGGAACAACAUUCAUGAUAAUAUUGUCGGUUGGCGAUCGACAUUUCCUUCUAUGGGGCCACCCCCCGCCACCAGAAUCUGGGAGUCAAGUCAAGACUGUAUGUUAUAUAUUCGAUCCUCAUAUGUUAAAUGAAUUGGGACAACCACAUAAGUUAUUUGGCGCUGGAGCAUUUCUAAGGUAUGCUGGGAUCACGUCUUUUGUGUUGGACUUUUUGGCAAACUACGGAGAUCUGGAGGCGGCCAAGAAAGGCACACCAAAACCCGCCAUCACGAUAACUAGUAUUGAUGUGGUCCAAACAGAACCACUACUGAGAGAACCAAAUUAUGAACUAGACCUCAAAGCCUUGAAGUUUCACUGCAAAAGUGAAUGGGAAAGUGUGAAUAUGAACGCCUUAAUUGAGAAGAAGUUAAAGGAAGGAAAGUACCCGCAUGGUUCUUUAAGUGCAGUAAGUUUGGCGACCUCAAGAGCUACGUCUAGAAAAAAAGUUCAGGACUUUUAUCAGAAGACACCGAAGGAACCUCCCCCUCAACUCCCCGUUCCUCCAGAACGUCCUCCAGGAGGAUAUACUCAGGAACAAAUAAUGCAACUCCGUGGUGAAGAUUUCUUUCUCUAUUGUCCGAAAACCGACGGACAUGCUUAUGGGAGAGACGAUAUGCUCCCACUGCCGAGAUCAGAGACAGUACUGCACAGUAUGGUUGAGAUUGCUGACCAAAAUUAUCAUUCGCAAUACCAGCAAAUGGAUGUCGAUAAGUGGAUCCUGAGGGGCACUAGACAUAUGGCUAGCUAUAGAUAUCAGACGUUUAAAACGUUCACUGGUGUGACGUGUUGCGUCGCCGCGCUGGCGAUGUUGUUGAGACUCAGGGCCAGAGCGUGGAAUGAGGACGUCAUAGAUGAGACACUGGAUUUGGGAUAUAAUUUGUAUAGAGAGUCUUUAGUAGACCGAGGCGGACCGAUAAGGAGAUUAGUUUUGGGAGAAAUAAAAGAUACGUUCAGGAUAAGAGAUAAAGAAUAUAUUCACAAGGAUCGCUUAAUAGCCGUUUGGGGUAAAUUAAUAUCUUCAAACCCAAAAGUGUUCGAUCUUUGUCGUGGGAUUGAGACUUUCUUCAAGGAAUCUGAUGGUGGAAUACUACAGAUACCUGGUGUAAUAGAAGUGGCUAUAUGGCAGGAAGGUGACAGAUAUUACGUGUACCAUCCGUGGCCGGCGGACGGAUAUGGGUAUAAAGUCGGUCUCCAAGAAGGAGGUAAAGCCUGCCUUCUGUACUUUAGACGAGUUUCACGACUUUGCGAGCAUUUCUUGGACAGUGUGUCGGAUUUAAAAAGAAAACCCUUCAGCAUAUCAGACGUGUAUGUGAAGGAGAUUGGCAAUAUGCCUGAGCCUGUGAAUAACUUAAAACCGGUAGCUCCCAACCGUUGGAUAGUCCGCGGCAGGUUCCACGAAGCCGACGCGCGCUUCCCCGCGGAGCACCGCGGCAAGCAAGCGACGCCCGCCUCCAUAGCGGCCAUAGCCAUGGCCCACGUGGUGGAGCCCUCCACCUGGACACCUGAUGAUAUAGAUGAAACUCUUGUUCGAGGCGACAUUCUGUAUCAAAACACAAUGGAACACCUCGAACGACUGGGCAUAUCCCUGGAGACACCCAUGGGUGUUGAAGAAGGUGAGGAAGAAGAGAAGAGCGCGUCUGGUACCCUGGCUGCAGCAGACGUGCUGAACAGGUUCAGGGUCUCGGAGUAUGACUGUAUCGAAACUGAUGUUAUGGAUAGCGCGUAUAGUGGACAACUCAAUCCAGAACAUGGUAGUGGGGUUCUAUCCCUGAAGGAUUCUUUGAGGUGUUUGUUCAAAGAACACUCGCACGCGGUGGUGACCGCUCGAGGAGGAUCUAUGGCAAUAUGGCGACACGAUAACAACUUUUAUUUCUUCGACCCCCAUGGAUGUGAUGAAUAUGGUCAUCCAUCGGACGAGCCCCAAGCGGCGGCCUGCCUCGUCAGGAUCGAGGGGAGCGUGAAGGACCUCGCUGAUGUCAUCCUCGGGAACCUCUCCCCCGGUGCAGACGACAGCUUCAACAUAUCGCCAGUCCUGGUGUACGCCAGCAAACUGAACUCCGCGGUGGGAGCUCCUGAGACCAAAUUGGAGAGUAAAGCAUUCGAGUGGAUAUCCAAAGGCACGGCGGCCGUGAUGCCGGGGCCGCGGGGGGAGAACACGGCCAUCGGUAAAGCUGCUCGAAAAGCUGGGAUUGGUGAAGAAGAUAUGGCAGGUCGAACUCUAGCCCUGCCGGCCGCCGCAGCCUUCGCCGCGGCCACUGAGUCAGUGCCACCUCCUCAUAUGCAUCAAGACCACAUGUAUAACUUCCUAGACGCUGGAGCGGAUUAUUAUUUGAAUCACGUAAAGAAGACUGGGCGUAAAGAAAUACAGCCAGAAGAUUUAACGGAGAAGUUUGAAAUGGGCGCCAACACGUUCUCCAUAGAACUUGGUGAUCCCAUAAGAUUGCCGUUGAGACUGCCAGAUGAACCUGCGGGGGAGGGUGGAGAAGAAGAAACUGCUGAAAAAGAAGAACUCGGUGAAGAAGAAGAGGAAGAGAAGGAACUGCCAAUGAAACAAAUCAAAGACGCUCUAUACAAGCAAUGGCACGAUCAAAUAAAGCCGACAUCAGUAUGGCUGCUGGUGGGGGACUACCACCGGCUGGGGCUGUGGGUGAGUGCAGGGGGGGCGCUGGUGGCCUUCGACCCCGCGCCCGCGCUGCGGCGGGGGACGCUGACCGCUCAGAGGAUAAAGAAGGGUGAUGAACUUCGCAUCCAACGUAUGAAAGAUGAGAUGGCCGGUGAGGGCGGUGGUGGUGAUGAGGAAGAAGAGGAAGAGGAGGCUGGUGCUGAGGGUGAAGAGAAGCCGGAACCGGAACCGGACUUUGUGCCGCCGGAGUCUACGCCCACUUUGAUGGUGUUUGCGAGCCCUGGAGAGUUUAUAGAUAAGCUCACCCUUCAAGGCGGUCUCGAUAGAAAGCAGUGUCUCGCGCCAUACACACUGUACCCGGUGAAAGUGACGAAUGAAUUGACGUCAGUAUUGAAGGAGAGGAGAGGAGCAGCUACCAAAAGUGGUGUAGAUGAAGCUGCCGAUGAAGAAGAGGGUGACACUCUGAUAGAGGCGUUGGACGAGGCGGCCGUCGGGCGGCACUUCACGCGCGUGUCGCGCGCGGUGGCGGCGCUGCGCGGGAGGCUCGCGCAGAACGAGAGCUAUUUCUUGGACCGACCUAACAGAGAUCAUCAGGACGCAGCAAACGCAAUAAUGGGUAUAGUCGUAGAACACAUAGAGCCUUAUACGUUUUGGAAACCGCAACUUUUGGACGCCAUACUGAAGUAUGGGGACAGACUGUACACUCUGUCGCUGCCGAGGGCGGAGGCGCCGCCCAGAUUGUGUCCUUCGGAAAUACAAAGAGAGUUUCAUGUUACCAGUUUUAAUGUGAAAUUGGAAAUAGAAAGCAACGUAGUGACAGGUGACAUAAAGGCCGGUGAAACUGGUUCGGUGCUCAGUCUGAGGAGAGGAAUUUUGAAGUUCUUUGAAUCGUACAAGUACGGCGUGCUGUGCGCGAAGGACUACUGCGUGGGCGUGUGGCGCGCGGCGGACGCGCGCGCGCUGUGCGCGUGGGAGCCGCACGCGGCGGGGCCGGCGGGCGCCGCGGCCGGCGCCGGCGCCGCCGUGCUCGUCGUCGUCACCACCGCCGACAUACUGGCUGAUACCUUCAGGAGUAGCUUGGACAAGUUGGGAAGACUUGGGUCUAACAAAUUCUGCAUAUCAGCCGUGAAGGUGGUUUGGGAACUGUCCAAGCCUCCAGCAGCCGUCGCUCCCAAGGCGGCCGUCCCCGACGACGGGUACGAGUGCAAGGUGCUAACAGCGUACGUUGAGAUGGCACGAGGAAGGACUAUACUCAGAGGUUCGAGACCACCGGAUUUGGUCAAAUUUACCCGCGAUGCUCUUCUCCAAUCGUCCUGCGGCGCCAUAGUGGGUCUCUGCAUGUCUCACAUAAGAAAGCCACAUUUAUGGACAAGGAACACCGUAGAUGAGAUCAUGGCGAUUGCUUCCCAACUCUUCUCAGCUUCUCUCGGCUCUUUGGGGUACGAGUUCAGACCUGGUGAAGAUGAACUAUUGCCUCUACAGGUUUUGAAGAGGUUCGUGUUGGGCGUGAACUACGUACGAUACGACUUGCAGCAAGUGUACUCCGGCAAGCUCGAGCAAAAGGAGCCCACUGAGAUGACCGUCAGAUGUGCUCUAGAGCGUUUCUUCACCCACCAUUCCCACGGGAUCCUCUGGUCGGCGCCACACGCAGUGGCGGUGUGGCGGGUGGGAUCCCCGCCCUUCUACAUGCUGGAGCCUCACGCGUGUGGUCCCACGGGAUUGAGGAUCGAUGCUCAGGACGACGGCGCCCCGUGCGUUAUGACCUUCACAUCGCCGAAGUUAAUGGCUUUUGCAUAUCUCCAAAACAUACCAGUGACAGAGAGACCGAAGCACGAAUUUCGUCUAUACGCGAUGUCAGUUACCGUGCAGCCUAUAAAGAAGUUGGGCGGAGUUGAGCCCCCACUGGUGCGGGCACCGCCGGGAGUCAAACUUGUGCCUGCUACCAGUAAAGUGGCUGUAGACGGUAAGAAGAGACGAGCAUCAGAAGGUGACAGGAAACACCCGCCCGGUAGCGCUACGUGUGUAGACGCUCUUAGAGCUGCCGAGGUAAAAGAUAAAGAAGAGGGCAAAUUAAAAGGGCGAAGGAACACGAGCGGGUGGUUGGUCCUCCGCGACGGCGCGCAGUUCCUCUCCGCGCGACACUCCAUGUGCUGCGGGAAGUUCCCCUUCGCGUCCAGAGGGAAUCAGGCACUGGCAUGUUCAAUCAUGGCGGUCGCGAUGUCCCGAGUGGAGGACGUGUGCCGCUGGUGCUCCACCACCCUGGACCAGGUCCUAGAGAGCGGAGACCAGCUCUACCAGGACAGCUACCUCCAUUAUAGGCCUGGUGGGAAGAUACUUGGUAUUGAACAGAUUUUGCGCAAAUUCUACACGCCGGGCAACUGCGUAUGCCGCGUGGUGGUGUACCGCGCGCGGCACCGCGGCGCUGUCGGCGGCGACUUGCUGCAGCAGGUGUCUGAAUUUUUCCGCGAAGAACGUUGCGGCGUGUUGGUCGCGGGCCGCGGUGACUUCGCUGUCGCCUUGUUUAGGACGCCGAGAGGUUAUUACAUGUUCGACCCCGGCGACCGCGACGGCCGCGGGCGCGCGCUCGCCGCCGCGUGCAGGGGCCGCGCCAGGGCUUGCCUCUCACAAUACCCUAAUGUAAAACUCUUAGUGGAAACACUAGGUUCAAACAUUCCGCCGGUGAUCGAAGAGACUACAAACGAUGACUCCAAAGACAAAGAGGUCACUGUUAUAGCAGAUAAAUCUAAUGCAAGCAAGGAGGCAAGCAAUGGGAAGGAAGAGGAGAAAGAGGUACAUUUCGAAGAACCUGCAACAUUCGCCAUAUACGGGAUGGACGUUACAAGCUUACGAAGACUUAACCGACAUGAAAGA